CACGCUAACUUGACGUGCGUUAUUAUUACACUUAGGAGCAAGGAACUUACGUUUUUUCAUUGUAAAAUGUGUAUAUUCCAUACUUUAUAAUGAACGUAAGAUAUAAAAGAUACGUUCAUACAUAUUUUUAUUGCAAAAUUUUACUUAAGCAAAGGGAUUUACGUGUUGUGUAUUAUUUUUAAGUUAUCAGAAUCAACACUCCAGGAGAACACACACUGUCUGCUCAACAGGCCCUGGCCUUGAGGCUUAUCUAAAGGGGUUUAACUUCACCGGUGAGCCACCUUGGAUUUCCUGCACCUGAGGAACUGUGACAUAAAAAUUCCAUCUCUUUGUUUCCUAUUUCGGAUCAAUUAAAGAACUUCUCGUGACCAUGAAUACACCAUCUCCUGUCGAGUUUGAUUUCUCUUUUCUGGAGGAAGGAUUUUCUGCUCGGGAUAUUGUAGAGCAGAAGAUCAAUGAGUCAUCCAUGACUGAUGACAGGGAUGCCUUCUAUGUGUGUGACCUGGGGGACGUCUUAAAGAAGCACCUUCGCUGGGCGCGGGCCCUUCCUCGUGUCUGUCCUUUUUAUGCAGUUAAAUGCAAUGACAGCCGGGCUGUUCUGAUGACACUGGCCUCUCUGGGAACUGGUUUCGACUGUGCAAGCAAGACUGAGAUUCAGCUGGUUCAGUCUCUUGGAGUGGAUCCGAGCAGAAUCAUUUACGCCAACCCCUGCAAGCAGGUCUCUCAGAUCAAAUAUGCUUCCGCCCAUGGAGUCCAGAUGAUGACUUUUGACAGCGAGGUGGAGUUGAUGAAAGUGGCUCGCUGUCAUGACAAUGCCAAGCUGGUGCUGCGCAUUGCUACAGAUGACUCCAAGGCAGUGUGUCGCCUAAGUAUUAAGUUUGGGGCCCAACUUAAGUCUUGUCGUGGCCUUCUCGAGCGGGCCAAGGAACUGGGGCUAGAUGUGAUCGGCGUCAGCUUCCAUGUUGGCAGUGGAUGCACGGACUCUGCCACCUUCACACAGGCUAUCGCAGAUGCCCGCUGCGUCUUUGAUAUGGGGGCUGAUCUUGGCUUCCACAUGAAGCUUCUGGACAUCGGGGGAGGUUUCCCUGGUUCAGAAGACACAGAACUCAAGUUUGAAGAGAUCACAGCAGUAAUCAACCCAGCCCUGGACAAAUAUUUUCCUGCUGACAGCAAUGUAAGAAUUAUUGCUGAACCAGGUCGCUUUUAUGUGGCGUCUGCAUACACUCUGGUUGUCAACAUUAUUGCCAAGAAGGUCCUCCUGGAUGAUGAAUCUGCUUCUGAUGAAGAUGAUGAUGGGAUCAGUGAAAGGAGCCUGAUGUACUAUGUCAACGAUGGAGUGUAUGGAUCCUUCAACUGUAUUCUGUAUGACCACGCUCAUUGUCUGCCAACAUUGCACAAAAAACCCAAGCUUGACGAGACCAUGUAUCCCUGCAGUAUCUGGGGCCCAACCUGUGAUGGCCUUGAUCGCAUUGUUGAGCAAUGUUACCUGCCAGACAUGCAUGUGGGCGAUUGGCUACUUUUUGAAAACAUGGGCGCCUACACCGUGGCCGCCUCCUCCACCUUCAAUGGUUUUCAAAAGCCUGACAUCCAUUACGUCAUUUCACGCCCAGCCUGGCAGCUUGUGCAGCAAAUCUGCUCCCAGGGUCUGCCGGCCGCUGUGGAGUCCUGCGCAGCCUUUGACGUUACAGCCUGCUGUGGAAGAGAGAGCAACAUGGACAUGCCAGCUAAGCCCCCUCAAGCCCGUGUCGUGUAAACACUACAUAAUUGACAACAAGUGAUCAAAUAUUCUUUGCCAUUAAUAAGAGGAGCAGCUUGUUUUGUGGCAGAUCUUGUCCAGUUACCUGAAGAACGAGAGUAGUACAUACUUUUGCAUUCCCUGUGCAAGCUAAAUGUCAAUUAUGUGGUUAGACAGGAUUAAAUCAAGGAUAGCUACUAUAGAGUAUGUUAUUCAAUCUUCACUUCCCAACAGAACCAUAAGAUUUUAAUCUGUAACAUUAACCAUCUAUUCCCACUGUUCAUGAAGUUCAUAUUUUGUAAUUGCCAUUUCUAUUCAUUAUUUACAAUGGGAAAGCACAUGACUAAUGUAUUCAUGUUGCUUUGCCAAACAAAUCUUAGGUUACCAUGAAUCCACGUCGAAAUGGCUAUGGAAGAGAUGGGAUUGCAAUUUUCAUGACGCUUUCCUAUGGAAACUUUCUGAUGUUUUGUAUUUUUUUUAAAUAAAGUGGUGCAGAGCUGAA